UUAUGCUAAAAAAAAAAAAAAAAGGCAGAUGGGAAGUAGGGCAAAACUAUUAAAGAAGAAGCAAAUAGAAUUCUAAAACUAAUAAUAUGGAAAUUUUAUGGAUUUAAUGUUUGGGAAUAAAAUUAUUAGACCAAACAGAACUGAAGAGAAAAUUUGUAAACUAAAUGAUUUGUCAAUAGAAAAUAUAGAGUCUAAAGCUUAGAGAGACAAAAGAAUAGAAAAUACAGAAAAAAGCUAAGGCAUAAAUAGAAUGCAGUAAGUAAGUUUAACAUGCAUACAUAUAGUUGGAAUCUUGGAGAGGAAAGAAAGAGUGGGUAGAACUAAUACCAAAGGAGGUAAUAGCUGAGAAUUUUCCCAAACUGAGAAAGGUGUCAUGCUUUAAAUUAAAGAAAUGCUAUGAAUCCCAAACUGAAAUAAUACAAACAAAACUGUACCUAGUACAAAUGUUGAAAAGCAAAGGCAAAAAAAUUUCUAAUAAUAGCCAGAGAAAAAGACAUGUUAUCUUCAAAAUAAGGAUAAGACAAAAUAAUGAUUUCUCAAGAGAAACCAUGGAAGCCAGAAAACAAUGGACUUUGAUAUGUUAAAAGAAAAUAACUGCCAAUAUAGGAUUCUGUGACUAAGAAAAUAAUCCUUCAGGGAUGAAGGUGAAAAAAGCCAUUUUCAAAUGAAAACUAAUAGAAUUUGUUACCUGCAGACGUGUAUUAAAGGCACUACAAAAUAAUCUUAAGAAUGGAAGGAAAAUUAUUCCAGAUGAAAGCUUGGAGAUGCAGGAAAACAGUGUAGACUGACAAAAUGUAAAUGUUGUGAGUAAGUCUUAAGAUGGACUGUUGAAAACAUUAAUAAUAAUUUUUAUGGAGUUGAAAAUGUGUAUAGAAUUAACUACAUAAUAGUGUUAGCAUGUAAGUUAAGAUAAUAUUCUCUACUGUGUUCCCCGGUGAUCCCCAACUCCUCAUAUCCAUAUGCUUGGGCACUCUUCUUCCAUGUUGUACUGAGGUUGGUCUGUGUGGCCAAUAGCAUAUAGCAGUACUCAUGGUACAUCGCUUUUGAGAUUAGGUUAUAAAAAAACACCGCGGCUUACAUCUUGGGUGCACACGCACUCUAGCUGUCUCUCUUUCUCAUUUCUCACUCGGGGAAUUCAACUGCAUAUGGCGAGGACACUCAGGCAGCCUAUGGAGAGGCCCACAUGGUGAGGAACUGAGAUCUCUGGCCAAUAGAGAGGAACGGAGGCCUGCAACAACCAUGUGGUUGAACAGGGUAUGUUUGUAAAGCACUGCAAAGUAGAAGUAUAUCUCACAGAAUUGAAGCUAUGUGAAAAUGGAAACAUGAAUAAUGUUGUAACUCGAAGAUUUAGCAAAGCUGACACAAUAGAUACAAUUGAAAAGGAAAUAAGAAAAAUCUUCAGUAUUCCAGAUGAAAAGGAGACCAGAUUGUGGAACAAAUACAUGAGUAACACAUUUGAACCACUGAAUAAACCAGACAGCACCAUUCAGGAUGCUGGUUUAUACCAAGGACAGGUAUUAGUGAUAGAACAGAAAAAUGAAGAUGGAACAUGGCCAAGGGGUCCUUCUACUCCUAAGUCCCCAGGUGCAUCCAAUUUUUCAACUUUACCAAAGAUCUCUCCUUCAUCUCUAUCAAAUAAUUAUAACAACAUGAACAACAGAAAUGUGAAAAACUCAAAUUACUGUCUUCCAUCAUAUACUGCUUAUAAGAACUAUGAUUAUUCGGAACCUGGAAGAAACAAUGAACAGCCAGGCCUCUGUGGCCUAAGUAACUUGGGAAAUACGUGUUUCAUGAACUCAGCUAUUCAGUGUUUGAGCAACACACCUCCACUUACUGAGUAUUUCCUCAAUGAUAAGUAUCAAGAAGAACUGAAUUUUGACAAUCCCUUAGGAAUGAGAGGUGAAAUAGCUAAAUCUUAUGCCGAACUGAUCAAGCAAAUGUGGUCUGGAAAGUUUAGCUACGUCACCCCAAGAGCCUUUAAGACACAGGUAGGACGUUUUGCACCUCAGUUCUCUGGAUAUCAGCAGCAAGACUGUCAAGAACUGUUAGCUUUCCUACUAGAUGGAUUACAUGAGGAUUUGAAUAGAAUUAGGAAAAAACCAUAUAUACAAUUAAAAGAUGCAGAUGGAAGGCCAGAUAAGGUGGUUGCCGAAGAAGCCUGGGAAAACCAUUUAAAACGAAAUGAUUCUAUCAUAGUAGAUAUAUUUCAUGGCCUUUUCAAAUCAACUUUAGUUUGUCCUGAGUGUGCUAAGAUUUCAGUAACAUUUGAUCCUUUUUGUUACUUGACACUUCCAUUGCCCAUGAAAAAAGAACGCACCUUGGAAGUUUACUUAGUUAGAAUGGAUCCACUUACCAAACCUAUGCAGUACAAAGUGGUUGUCCCCAAAAUUGGAAACAUAUUAGAUCUUUGUACAGCAUUGUCUGCUUUGUCAGGAAUACCUGCAGAUAAGAUGAUAGUUACUGAUAUAUACAAUCAUAGAUUUCACAGAAUAUUCGCUAUGGAUGAAAACCUUAGUAGUAUUAUGGAACGGGAUGAUAUUUAUGUGUUUGAAAUUAACAUCAAUAGGACAGAAGAUACAGAGCACGUGAUUAUUCCUGUUUGCCUAAGAGAAAAAUUCAGACACUCGAGUUAUACCCACCAUACUGGUUCUUCACUUUUUGGUCAGCCCUUUCUUAUGGCUGUACCACGAAACAAUACUGAAGACAAACUUUAUAAUCUCCUGCUCUUGAGAAUGUGCCGAUAUGUCAAAAUAUCUACUGAAACUGAAGAAACUGAAGGAUCCCUACACUGCUGUAAGGACCAAAAUAUUAAUGGGAAUGGCCCAAAUGGCAUACAUGAAGAAGGCUCACCAAGUGAAAUGGAAACAGAUGAGCCAGAUGAUGAAUCCAGCCAGGAUCAAGAACUUCCCUCAGAGAAUGAAAACAGUCAGUCUGAAGAUUCAGUUGGAGGAGAUAAUGAUUCUGAAAAUGGAUUAUGUACUGAGGAUACUUGCAAAGGUCAACUCACGGGACACAAAAAACGAUUGUUUACAUUCCAGUUCAACAACUUAGGCAAUACUGAUAUCAACUACAUCAAAGAUGAUACCAGGCAUAUAAGAUUUGAUGAUAGGCAGCUUAGGCUAGAUGAAAGAUCUUUUCUUGCUUUGGAUUGGGAUCCUGAUUUGAAAAAAAGAUAUUUUGAUGAAAAUGCUGCUGAGGACUUUGAAAAACAUGAAAGUGUGGAGUAUAAACCUCCUAAAAAACCCUUUGUGAAAUUAAAAGAUUGCAUUGAACUUUUUACAACAAAAGAAAAGCUAGGUGCUGAAGAUCCCUGGUAUUGUCCGAAUUGUAAAGAACAUCAGCAAGCCACAAAGAAAUUGGAUUUAUGGUCCCUGCCUCCAGUACUUGUAGUACAUCUCAAGCGAUUUUCUUACAGUCGAUACAUGAGAGACAAGUUGGAUACCUUAGUUGAUUUUCCUAUCAAUGACUUGGAUAUGUCGGAAUUCUUAAUUAAUCCAAAUGCAGGUCCUUGCCGCUAUAAUCUGAUUGCUGUUUCCAACCACUAUGGAGGGAUGGGAGGAGGACACUAUACUGCUUUUGCCAAAAAUAAAGAUGAUGGAAAAUGGUACUAUUUUGAUGACAGUAGUGUCUCCACUGCAUCUGAAGACCAAAUUGUGUCCAAAGCAGCAUAUGUACUCUUCUACCAGAGACAAGACACUUUCAGUGGAACUGGCUUUUUUCCUCUUGACCGAGAAACUAAAGGUGCUUCAGCUGCCACUGGCAUCCCAUUAGAAAGUGAUGAAGAUAGCAAUGAUAAUGACAAUGAUAUAGAAAAUGAAAACUGUAUGCACACUAACUAAUGAAAGUCCUAGAAGCCAUAAAAGAGACACUUUCCUGCUGGUGGUAUCUAUGGAAAUGAUGAAGUUACCCACCACAUUAAAACAAAAGUCUGAGAUGGGGAGUUUCAGAUAACCGAAUGUAAAUCCUUUAUCAGAUUUUAACUUGUGCAGUACUUGAAGUGAAACACAAUGAAAACUUUAACAGAAAUUGUCUCUUAAUACAUUUACAGUCUUGUAUUUACAAGCUAAAUAUAUAUAGGAAAUCACAAAUAAAUCCCUUUUAAGUUUG